CGACGUGUUCCAACUGAACGGCUUGUGCUCCGUUCAAUCGAAAAAUGUGUGAAUUCAGGCAGAUUCUUUACAGCUGACAGAAAAUUCUGACAAGUAAUGACGAACUAUAGAGCAGCCUGCUAUCCCCGGGAAGACCGUCUGAACAGUUCUGAAUUCUCCAUUUAUCAACCGGAUCCUGACGAUGUUCCGGAUCCCGAAGAGUUUCAGACUGCGGUAGCAAGAUUCGGGCAGCGCCCUGAAAAAGAUGCUGCACACUACUUGGAAUCGUACAUAUCUACGUGCGAGGAAAAUGAGGUUACACCGGUGCCACAAAUGUUCAGAUUAUUGCAGGCUAAAGCCAAGAAAAAUUUGGUCGAUCGUCUGCAAAAUCGAAGAGCUUCUGUCUAUUUACCUGGGAACGAUUCCGCGUCGAAUCGGCGGUUGGAUGAUAUUGACUUAGCAGUGAUAUGCAGUUUUAUGGAGUAUCACUUUCCGGAUGGCAUUCGAAGUAUUGAUUUAAGAUAUAACGUUCUGGAGGAUGCUGAAGCGCUUUGCACGCUUUUGAAGAAUUCUACUGCUAUGAAGGCAGUUAACUUGAUGUACAACCCUUUGACUGAAACGUCCAUUGCGACGUUGGCAUCUGCCGCAUUGGUUAGUUCCUUCGUCGUUCUGUUAAGCGCAAUACAACGACUACUAUUUCACGAGUUUUUCCUAUAUGUGUCAAAAUGCCUGGUGAAUCUUUGCCUUAAUGGAGUGAAAUUGGCGAAAACUAGUGGACUGAUCAUUGCGGAUCUUGUUAUAAACCUUCCAAGUUUGCGGUAUCUUGGACUCGCAUACUGUGAAGUGAAGUUAGAAGUUCUCAUUGCCAUAAUGAUUCCCAUCAAGACCAACGUAAUUGAACUGAGUGCUCUGGACAUUACCAGUCCCAAUAUCCCGGACUGGGCCAGCAAAACGGUUUUUAUUGACCAGUGCGCGGACAUGCUGGUCCCAUCCAAAUACUUAAAAGAGCUUUAUUUGGGCAAAAUGGGCCUUGAUGAUUUCGCACUGGAGCGAUUACUUCCUGCUUUGCAGAGGAAUACAUCAUUGCAGCUUCUGGAUCUGCAUGGGAAUAAACUAAACCGGGACGGCGCCAGAAUGCUGAUGCGGCUGAUUCAAAACGGCUCGCGACUUGAGGUUUUAAAUUUGGACUGCUCCAGCUUUACGGAUGAGGGGGCCGAAUAUAUGGCCAACGCUAUUUAUGAAAGCGAUUUUCUAAAAACGAUUUCCCUCCGAUUUUGUCGCAUCGGCGACCAAGGCAUCGAUUAUCUAUCAAAAGCCAUAGCUCAUGGAAAGGUCAGCCGCAUUUAUGUGUGGCAGGGGACAUCGAUCAAAGGACCGGGUUGCAAAGCUUUCUGCGAUUUGAUGAAUCGUGGUCGCAUCCAGGAAGAUCAGACGGAUGUACGCUUUUACAAAGUGGAUGAAGUGUGUCAAAUGGCGGAAAACAGCCAUGCAGGAAUCAGACGAUGGGAAUUGUACACUCCCAAUUAUGGAGGAUAUUCCCACCAGGCCUGCUAUGACGGUUUUGCAGAGCCAGAACCCCAACCAUACUUCAACACUUUUUAAUGAUCGUUGCCAUCGUUCUUAAUACUUAGCAAAUUCAAACUUAUGCGAGCCAUUUUGAUUUUCGAUUCCAUUCAGCGCGUUUUCACACGCAGCGCGAAGUACUUGGGUAAACGUCCAAAAGCCAUCAUCAGCGCUCCAAUGUCUGAUGGCUUUUUUACAGUGUAAGCCUUUGCGUUGUUUAAUAAACCCGACACAUAAAGAUUUUG